GACCUGGCUCUGGCGGAAGCCACACACCAAGGCAGCCACGGCACCAGCUGAGUUUCCCAAGAGGCAUUCAGAUUCUGUGAACUUUCUAAGCAUCCUCUCUCAAAUUUCCUUUCAGCGUAAAAGAAGGGGCACAGGGACCACAGGACAGGAAACCGCAGAAGAUGCUGGCCUGGGAUCCAGGAGACAUGGAAGAGGAGAGUCGGGGGAGGGGAAGAGCCGGAUAGGCAAUCUGUUCGGAAGCUAGCAAGCAAAGGAGCGGGGGAUUCCAGGAUGAGGGAGGCAGAGCCGGUCGUCUGCGGCAGAUUGAUGUCUGUGUCCUUGGAACAGAAGUGACUUCUGCCUCCACCUGCUGAGUGCACAGCUGAGCGUGGUGACAGCUUGAAGACAUAGAUAAUGCUUUUCUAACUGACCCCUACCUGUGCCUCCAGAUCCAUGGUGUUUUCCAUAUUCGGCGGUCCAGACAGUGGGUGUCACUUGGGACUUACCCCUCUCUGGGAAGCAAAGAGCACCCCUUGAGAUUUCAGGGACCACUGAAUAUUCAGGCUUUCAGGAGACCCAUGGGAACAUACUUCUCCCCCAUCCUAAAUCUCUGGUCCCAGGUCUCUUGUGAACUCAUGCCCACUGGGCCACCAGGAGAAAUGGCCUCUGGGACCUUGAAUGCUGGAGAUCAAGGUGCUGUUCUGACUUCCUAAUCAGUCCCAGACCUAGAACAGAGCUUAAGUUUUCUUAGAUGAAGUGCCAGGACCUUUAAAGGGCACCUUUCAUCUCCCUCACAUCCUCCCCUGCCCCACCUGUCAGAGACAGCACAAGAGGAAGCAUCCAGCAGGCAUGGGUGACAGAAGCACAAAAGAUCUACAGGGACCCUUCCAGGACCUGCUGACAGCUGCUCCAACUCCAUCCUUGUUCCCCUAGUUUCUUAAGCUUUGAUCAUCCUUUCAGACCCUGGGGUACCUCAACUGGGUCCUUGCUCCCCAGGGUCUACAAAGGGACAUCCUAUGAAUCUUAGGAAGUCCUUGCGUGUUGAGAGGCUCUCAAGGAAGUGUUGAGCCAUGAUAGCACUCUCGCAGAAGCCCCACCUUCUAGACUCAGGCCUCUAAUGUAGCAGCAUCCCUGUAACUUGACUGUUGGACCUAGGGACACCGCUCUCAUGGGCUCCCUACACCACUGCUGCUGCCAGCUGCCAAAGAUGGGUGACACCUGGGCCCAGCUUCCCUGGCCCGGGCCUCCCCAUUCAGCCUUGUUGCUGGUCUUCUUCCUCUUGGCAGCUGGGGUGAUGCACUCCGAUGCGGGUACCAGUUGCCCAGUCCUUUGUACAUGUCGUAACCAAGUAGUGGACUGCAGCAACCAACGGCUAUUCUCCGUACCCCCGGACCUGCCAAUGGACACCCGCAACCUCAGCCUAGCCCACAAUCGCAUUGCAGCUGUACCGCCAGGCUAUCUCACAUGCUACAUGGAGCUCCGCGUGCUGGAUUUGCGAAACAACUCCUUGAUGGAAUUGCCCCCUGGCCUCUUUCUCCACGCCAAGCGCUUAGCACACCUGGAUCUAAGCUACAACAACCUCAGCCACGUGCCAGCUGACAUGUUCCGGGAAGCUCAUGGACUGGUACAUAUCGACCUGAGCCACAACCCCUGGCUGCGGAGGGUGCACCCCCAGGCCUUCCAGGGCCUUGUGCAUCUCAGAGACCUGGACCUCAGCUAUGGUGGCCUGGCUUUUCUGAGCCUUGAAGCCCUUGAGGGCCUCCCGGGGCUGGUGACCCUACAGAUCGGGGGUAACCCAUGGGUAUGCGGCUGCACCAUGGAGCCCUUGCUGAAGUGGCUGCGGAAUCGGAUACAGCGCUGUACAGCGGAUUCUCAGCUGGCUGAGUGUCGGGGACCCCCUGAAGUUGAGGGUGCGCCCCUCUUUUCACUCACUGAAGAGAGCUUCAAGGCCUGCCAUCUGACUCUGACCCUGGAUGAUUACCUCUUCAUCGCAUUUGUGGGCUUUGUGGUCUCCAUCGCUUCCGUAGCCACCAACUUCCUCCUGGGCAUCACGGCCAACUGCUGUCACCGCUGGAGCAAGGCCAAUGAAGAAGAAGAGAUUUGACACAGGUGCCUCUCAUCCCUCCAUGCUGCUGCCUCUGCUGCUGACCACUGGACACCCUGUAUCACGGUGCCCUGGCCACCUCCAUCAUAGCUCAAACAAGGUUGGAAAGCUAGCUUUGUAUGAACAUCCAUCCACUUUGGGCCAGGCACUGUGUUAGCAACUGGGAAUGAAAGACAAAUUCAAUCCGGUCCCUGCCCUUGAGGUACUUACUUCUAAUAAAGGAAAACAAUUCCAAAACAUCCUCUUAUGACAAAAUGCCAAUACUCUGAGCAUAGAGUGAGGGAAGCCAAGCGGAGGGCCCAUCAUCUGUGCCUCACACAGUCCAAGACGAACUGCAGGAAUUAUCUGCUAAGUAGAUAGGGAAGGGUGGACAUAGCAAAUGAUAGGACAUUGUAUGCAGGUUGUGUCGAGAGCAGCAAACCUUGUGGCCUAAAGGCAUAGAGGAGGUAUGUGCAAAAGCAAAGCUCUCCCUCUGACACCCAAUUUUUCAGUUCCCAUUACUGCCUGCCACUGCCCUCUAGGAGUGAGAUAGCCUCCACGCCAGACACCUUGACCUUCUCCCACUAGCAGAAAGGGGAGCGAGAGAACCUCCCAGCGGCUUCCCAAUUGUAGUCUAGUUGUGAGGUAAUCACCUUCAGCACCCUUCCUCCUAUCCCUGUCUCUGCUUCUGACUCAAGCCUUGUCGUCAAAGAAAAGGCAGGAAGCCUCCCAGGGACACCCUGGGACCCCAAUUUAUGUGACUGUUCUUUCCAUGGUGCUCACACCAAAGGAACUCACCAGGAAAGUGCACUGUAGGGUGCAGAUCCUAGCAUGGCAGUACCCCUGGGACAGGAGGACAAAGCCACCGCAUUCAUACCCACAGGAUGGUAUGUCUUCUCUCCUUAGUAACUUGUUCAUUGGAGCAUAAAGAAAGAUAGCUAUUAAUUGCUGGUUCUUGCUAGUGUCGGGCAGUAUAAGCUUCCUCCUCCGACAGGUUCCUUUCACACAUACAAGAGCUCUUUCGGGGGAUUUAUUGUUCCCAUUUGGCAGAUGAGGUCAUCAGGCUCAGAGAAGGUCGCAUGCCUGCUAUGUCAUGUUCAAAAUAAAAUCAGUAGCCUUCAUCACAAUUCUUUCUAAAGCUAUGAAAAUUCAAGUUCAAGCCAUGCUAAUGAAGUUGCCGAUAAGGACCAGGCACUCCUCUGGGCGUGGUUCUAUUUGCUGAUUCAUCUCUUGCCCUUCUCACAGCCAAGGUAGUCUUUAUCAUUCCCACUUUCCAGUUGAAUUCACGGUGGAGAGCUGGGAUGCUUAUCCAAAUUAUCUGCAUGAACAAAGAGUAUGACAGGUGACUCCACUGAGGAAAUAAGAAUCUAAUCAGUCAGAAACCAAGGACUCUGUGGGAAACACAGUGCUCACCGUCUUUGUCGUCAUCUUCAUUUUCCUCAUCCAUGUCACCUGCUUCAUCAUGAUCUUCCCUGUCUCCUUGGGCACUGGAAAGUCUAGGAUGCUUCUUUUGUAUUCUCCUCCUGUGUGGGAAACAAAUCAAAAUGAUGUCCUGCAGAAUGGAAAGUAGAGGCUAAAGGUUGGGUAUGCCUUCAGCCUAAGGCUGGACUCAGUUCUGUCAGGGUUCUCUUUCCAGUGCUUCCUCGGGUACCUGGUAGAAGAGAAGGUCCUGGAAGCCUGCACAGCAGGACCCCAGAAUUCAGCACUCAUUAUAACAAUUAUAAUCACAAAAACCAAUAAAAGGCAGUAAAGCCCAGCUGUGCACAGACUGUGCUCCCAGUGGGGCAACUCCAGCCUCAAGAGGUGCCACAAGUGACAUCUAAAACGCCUCCUUAACAGUAUGAGCACAUCCUUAGAACUGGUGGCUGUGAUGUCUCUUUUUUUAAUCAGAUCUUUGGAAAACAGGAGAUGUACCUCUACUGUGUUGUGUUGCAAGAGAAACUGAAGGAUCUGAGAAAACAAUAGGUGAGAACCCCUGGACAGGACAUGGGGAGACCCAUCUGGGUAGGUCCAGUCCUGUUAGCAAGGCUGGCUUGGGUAAAAAAAUAAAACAAGAGCUUUCUAUCUUGGCUCCAACCCUAGCAAGCAUCCAUCAUACACCUUGCCACCCAGCUGCCCUAAAAUGCAUGGAGAAGGGGAACAUGUCAUAUUCCAACUCAUCUGCAUUGAUCUAAUCAGCCAAAAGAGACCCUGGAAGCUUUCCCCUUCACUCUUGCUUUUAAUGCCUAUGCCAGAGCUCUGCUCCUAUGAAAUAUGACAUAGACCUAUGCCCUACUCUCCCUGACCACUCAACUGUGGCCAGCUAGUUUCCACAAGCUAAGCUUAUUGCAUAAAGUGUUUUUGGAAAGGAAUUUUUAGAAAUAGUAUUCCUGAUUUAAAAAAAAAAAAUCAUUUAACCUUCCAUAGAAGAACACCAUGCUCACUGAUAGUAAUCUGGACACCACUGUUUACUGAAUUAUAGUUACCAUAUUUUAAGAUCUACUACUCUGUUUUACAUAGAAUUAGAACCAGACAAGACACCAAAUGCCUCUUGAGAUCAAAUGUUCUUUUGAGUGGCACAAUUUGAUCUCCAUUAAUGGCAAAGACUUCUAAGCAAGCUAUAUCAAGACAACGUUUCUCCAGCUUCUAAAAGGUCCCCAGUUAACUAAGGCACAAGAAGAGGAACAUUCAGCCUCCACAUGAAUAUGGGAUUCUAAUGCCGCCACCACCAGUUCAGGCUUUCAGAAUUAAGUGUCUCCAAAUAGUCUAAUAAUCCUUGCGACAAAUGUUUACAUGUCCUGGUGAGGACAAGCCCAUUAUGAUGUUCCCAUGAAGUUUUGUUCAGUUUUUUUCCGCACUGGCUAAGGUGGGAUCAUUUGUUUGUCCAUAUGUGUAUCUAUGGUUCACUUAUUUUGGUUGUCUACUGACUUGGAGAAUAUUCCUUUAGAACUUGGGUUCAAAUCUCUAACACAGUCCACACAGUUAUCAAGUUGAUAAACAAAUAUGCACCCUGCCCAUUUGUCUAGCUGCUCAGGAAAUAUGAAAAGAGCCAAUGCUAUAGUGGAAACUAUCUAAUGAGAACCUGGCUCCUCCCUACUUCCCUCUGUCCUCCUCCAUCCCCUAGAGACUUGUACCCAUCACAGAAGUUUUCUUUAUACUGUGUCUGAAGAUAUCAGGUCAUAACUAACCAACAAGCUUAUGCCGGUCAAGGGCUAGCCAAUAAAAUUCUUCUCGGAAAAGAUCCCACAUAUGCAGCACACCAUUCUGGACCAUGCCCCUCUGGCUGUCCUCUAGAUACCACCUUCUUUUCCAUCUUCACCAGGAUUCCCAUGGAAACUUGAAGAAAUACAUUGCCCAGAGAUGCUAUGGAGUUUCAUGGUCUCAGUUAGGGGCUUGAUGUAAUGUAUUUGAAGAGAUCAGGACAUGAAUUUCAUUCCAACCUUUGAAAAAGGUCAAGAGCUCCAUUUUCUCUGUGCACAUACUUGCCGCCACUCUUUCCAGCUGUAGAAGAGCACAAAAAGAUACCUUUGUUCAUUCCUCAAGGCUAGGGAACCUUGUCUUGUUUUGUAUACUCCAGAAGGAGGCAAAAGGAAGUAAUGGAGGCAAGACCCAAGGGCCUUUUGUAAAUCAUGGCACUGGUUGGGAGUUGGGUCCAUAGACCGCGCAGUGUUCCUAAGCCCUGAUGUCUGGUGGUGGGAGGGUUAGGGGAGGAAUUGGGAAGAUGCCAACCUUUGUAUGGAAAUUAUUUUAUAACCAUGCACUUUUGUAACUGUGAAGAAUUUUUCAUAAAUGCACAUUAAUAAUAAAAAAAGUGUAUAGUUUAACGAAUUUUUCUAAAGAGUUGUGAAGAGGAUGGGGGGGAGCAGAA